AAUGUAACUGAUUGAUUUUCAGCGACACGAUCUUGUCUGUGGCUUCAUAGUCUCAUAUAAGUGAUGGCUCCUCCGGGGAGCUUUGGGCGAUUGGCCCCGUCUAAUUUGCGGAGUUUACUUAAUCCAUUAACGUGGAGAGCGCGCCUCGAGCUGGACUCGCGGGCCUUUCUGCUAAUGCUGAAAGGCGCAUUGCCACCGACGGUUGUGAUCGCCAUCCAUCAGAGCGAUGCAAUCGCAGAUAUAACUCUGACAAUAGGCUACUUAUCAGCCUUAAUAUCCGUCUUGUCUCAGGCAUUAAUGCCGCGCGCGAAGUUCAUGAAGAUCAUGCUCUUCGACCUCCUAUCUACCUGCGUAUCAGCAUCUCUCUGCUGCCUGGCCGUGUAUUGCGCCGUCGAAGCGAGGAAACACAACACGCCCGCAGACGCCAGCGAGGCCGUCCGUAACGGCUUCAGCAGCGAUGCCUGCGCCGUGUCCGCCAUCUGGCUCAUCUUCAUGAUUUGGGCAGCUAAUACCCUCCGCGCCUUGCGGCCCAUGGAACUUCAAGAUCCAAUGGUUGCGUUUUCGAUCUUCUGUUCCGUGACUAUAACUCGCGCCGGUACCUUCGUUACUCUGUCCGAAGGGUUGACCUUUAUAUCACGCCUGCUCAAAGGCUUCAUGAUUGGGUUCGCUAUCGCUACUGGAGUAUCGCUCUUAAUUAUGCCGAUUACUAGUCGUGGCGAUGUCUUCCAUGAUGUCAGGACUUAUGUGGCGCAAAUUGAUGCCGUGCUGAAGUCCCAGAUCGACUUUGUAGCUGGGAGCUCGGAUGUGUGGACUGGUGGAAGGGGGUUGUUGAGUCGGACAAGAACGGCGCGGAGUAUGCGCGAGACUGAGAGCCCUAGAGACUCAGGAUUGGAGGGGAAGCAGAAACGCCUGUCGGCGGCGAUCACGAAGUUGAACGGCCUGCAUGGAAAACUGCAGUCGGAUCUGUUUUACUCGAAGGAUGAGUUUGCUUGGGGGAAGUUGUCGGCGGAGGAUUUAAAUAAGAUUGGAGGGUUGAUGCGGAGCAUACUGCUGCCUCUUUCUGGGAUGGCGAUGUUGCCGGAGAUUUUGGAAAUGGUCGUCAAGAAUGAAGGCACGAGGGAGAACUCAAGAGAUACCCCCGAUGAUGAUGAUGCUGACGAGGAAGCUUUGAAGCAUUCGGAGAUACAAAGAGUCGUGCAGACACUGCAUGACCGUCUCGUUGAGUCUUCGAAUUUGACGACGCCUGGUCUGCAGUAUGUUCUUCUAUCGUUCGAGUUGACGAAACGAAAGCAGCUCGAAAGAAAUUUCAAGGCUCGGGGGGACGAGGAGUCUAGAGGCAACGUGCUGAGUCCGCUGGAACCUGGUUUCACAUCUCGGUUUGAACAUGAGCUCCGGCAAUACUACGCAUCUCGCAAACAUCUUCCGCGAGCUCUUGCCUCUCUCGAGGCAUUCUCGGUCUCUGAAAAGGUAACAGAUUAUACCUCGGACGACCCACGCACGCUUGCUGCAGACUCCGAUGUGCGGCAGGAAUUCUUCCUGAUUCUCUACAUGGGUCAUUUACAGGACGCUCUUCUCAAGGCAACGCUGGACCUGAUCAAGUUCGCAGAUACAAAAAUCGCCGACGGAACCAUGAAGCGGAACAGGGCCAUCUUUCCCAAACAAAACUCGAUACGAGGAUGGCUAUCCUUGAACUCCGAGAAAAGGGAAUCCGAAAGCCUUCCAGAUCGCAGAACGUCAUCACAUGUUGAUCCCUCGUCGGUCCACGACACCCAGCCAGGCCAAUUCCCCGACCCCGAGCAUCUGCCUCCGGCGAAUAUUUUCGAAAAAGGCAGCAACUUUCUCCGUGUCAUCUCGCAUGUCAUUAGGUCCGAGCAAAGCUUGUUCGGGUUCCGUGUAGCCGCUGCGUCGUUCAGCGUUGGAAUCCUGGCCUUUCUGCACCAGACACAGGACUUCUUUAUUCACCAGAGAUGCAUAUGGGCGAUGAUCGUGAUCGUCAUCGGGAUGAACCCGACAAGCGGACAGACCAUGUUCGGCUUCAUGGCCAGGAUCGCAGCUACCGUUAUCUCGCUAGUCCUCAGUUUAAUCGUCUGGUACAUCGUGGACCAAAAGACAGCAGGGGUCAUUGUGUUCCUGUACCUUGCCAACGUCUUCGAGUACUACUUCUACAUCAAAGUCCCGCAAUAUUUCGGCGCCGCUGUGAUCUCCAUCGUGACACUCAACGUCAUCGUCGGCUACGAGCUACAAGUCCGCAAACUCGGCCUCGAAACAGCCACCUCCAACGGCCAACCCUACUACCCCAUCUACCUGUUCGGGCCCUACAAACUCGCCGCAGUAGCCGCCGGCUGCGCCAUCUCCUUCUUCUGGGUGAUCUUUCCCUACCCGAUCACCGCCAAAUCGACGCUCCGCCACGCCCUGGGCCGCGGGCUCUUCGUCCUCGCCCAGUUCUACAGCUGCAUGCACACCACCGUCGAGCUCUGGCUGAGCGGCGAACUCGGCCACGUAGACGAUGCCCGCUCCUCAUCUUCCAAGCUUGAAACGGCCCGCCACAAGGUCUUCAAGGAGGAAAUGAUGCUGCUGAACCAGCUCCGCAUGCACAGCCACUUCAGCACCUUUGAGCCGGCGAUCGGAGGCAAGUUCCCGAAGCGCGUAUACGAUAGCAUUAUCUGCGAGAUCCAGCGCAUGUUGACGAGCAUGGCGCUGAUGGCGCAGACGACGCAGGAUCUGGACGCCCUGUCGCUGCAGACGCGUGGGGGCGCUGAGGCCCAGAAUACGUGGGUCUCCAGACUGGCGGGGAUCGCGCUGCAGUCGGCGGAUUUCAAAUCGCAUGCCACGACGUCGUUGCUGUGUCAUUUGUCGGCGGCGUUGACGAAUGCGCAGCCGUUGCCGCCGUAUUUGUCGACUGGGGAGUCGUUUCCGUUGGCGAGGGAGUUGCAGAAGAUUGAUGGCGAGCUGCUGAGUAUUCGCCAUGUGGAUGAUCCGGCGUUCUCGGCGUUUGUGGCGCUGGAGGUGCUGAGGUCGGUGGUGAGUUUUAGCUUGAGGGAUCUGUUGAGUGAUGUCAAGGGUCUUGUGGGGGAGCUCAGUUUUGACUUCCAUGUUCGACGUAGCUUGGAGUAUGCUGAGUCGACACGGUUGAUGUCGGCUACUAGUUGA